CUAGCUGGAAUAUAUACAAGCACCAAGUGAAAAGCUUCUUAAUUCUCAUCCUGCAGCUUUAUGUGUUUACCCCUUCUCUCUGAGCAGGGCCAAGGAAGCUUCCUACCAUGCACGGGCCACUAAUUGCCUUUCUUCUCGUGGGUCUUCUGCUGCCUCGUGGAUUGGAUGGGCACUCACUGUCCCUGGCUACCCCAAUGGGGAGCACUUCCAAAACCAACCGUCCCCCCUCUGUCUCCACCCAUGCUCCCGGUAGUACUUUGCUUAGUUCCAUUCUCUCCAAGCCCUUCCAGUCCCGCUUGCCUCAAAGUGGUGUUUCCUGUGACGACUUGAUGCCUGGUGCCCUCGAAAAUUUUGCUAACAAGCCUCUGCUGGCCCAGACCUUCAUUCAGGCCGCACUGGCGCUUGCUUUGCAAGGUGCAGGCUGUGCUCAGCAUGCAGAGACCUUGGUGCUGCAUCUCUACAGGGAGCUGGGAAAUGCAGAUACUGACGCCCUCCUGAUUGUGAUGGCGAGGUCUCUGGGAACAGCUAAUUCCUCUGGUCAGAGCAGGAGCAGUGCUGCCUUGCAGUUUAACCUGGAACAGCUAGCGCGUACACAAGCUCGGCGCUGUAAGGGACUGACUCCCAUUCAAGGGUCCGUCUUGCAUGGCCGGGUAAACAGUGUCUACAGAGGAUUUCUGGCAGCUGCCACAGCUUGUCACCAGCAGGGAAACUCUUGUGCCGGUGUGGCCUCCAACGGUACUGGUUUCUUCCAAGUGGUAGAUCGAGAAGGCAGCUACUUCCUCCCACAUUAUGGUGCCCGUUCCUGGCUACAUCAGUGUCACAAGGUUGCAAGAAACCUGCGUUCUGCCCCGGAGCACUGUUUUAGUGAGAGAGAACAACGCGUACAUGCAGUUUUGGAAUGGAUACCUGUGGCCAGUACCUAUUACAACUUGGGUACCAGCCUCUACUACGCAACUCAGAACUGCUCAGACCUGGCAAAGGAACGUGCUCUGGAAGGUGCUAUGGACCUGGGCUUUGAUUUACUGGCAUCUUUGACAGGCGGAGUCAGUAGUGUUGCUGGGCUGGGUAUUUCUAUAGGGCUAAAGCCUGCGGUAAAAGCUACUAUCAGACAUUACAAUCAGCAGGAAGAGCUUGAUCCUACCCUUACCCCCACCAACUACUCUGGUCUGGUCAUCUAGCUGGCUCUAUCUUAUUUUCUAUUAUUUUUUUUUUUACUUUUUACUUUUUAUUUUUUUGAUAACAGAUAAGGGAUACAGAAUAGAAGGGAGAGGGAAGAAAAAAUCAUAUAUUUGUAAAUUUAACACAUUGCACCAUUCAGUCUAAUAUGUUUCAAACUCAUAAUUCUUAUUACAGAUACCUCUUUAUGUUCUGCGGCUCAGCUAUUAUUUUCUAUUUUUCCAUUUAUUUUUAGUGAUUGUCCAUAAAGGUCUUCAUCUUGACUAUAAGCUAAGUUUCUUCAAUCCUCUUCUGUAUCCAGGUAUACAAUGGCUCCCAAAUGUCAUUAUGUGUUAUAAUAUCAACAUCUUUCAAUAAACUCGAAAGUUUGUCCAUUUCA